CCUGGCGGGUGUGGCCCGCCGGCGAAAGGGCAGAGUCGGCCCUGGCGGCAAGGAGAGCUGGGCAGCCGCCGCCGAAAGCGACAUGUGGACGGCGGAAAGGGUGACCGGAAUUUUAUUUCACGGGGUUUUGGCGGCUCUGGUGCUGCUGGGCGCCCGGGACGUGUUCUUCCAGUAUGAGGAGAACCAGUGCAGCAUGACCUACAUGUUCGACUACCCCGAGUACCUGAAAAUAAAAUUACCUAAGAAAAUAUCUAGACGUUACCCAGCCUAUGAGCUAUAUCUCUACGGGGAAGGAAUUUCUGCAGAAGAAAAUAGAAAUCUAAUCUUAACAGGGAUUCCUAUCCUUUUUCUUCCUGGCAAUGCUGGAAGUUUUAAGCAAGUACGUUCUCUUGGAUCAAUAGCACUGAGAAAGGCAGAAGAUAUUGAUUUCAAAUAUCAUUUUGAUGUCUUCAGUGUGAAUUUCAACGAGGAACUUGUUGCACUAUAUGGUGGAAGUCUACAAAGGCAGACGAGAUUUGUGCAUGAGUGUAUUAAAAUAAUUCUUAAAUUAUACAAGGGUCAUGAAUUUGCUCCCCGCAGUGUUGCAAUAGUAGGUCAUUCCAUGGGUGGUCUUGUUGCAAGAGCACUAGUCAUUCUUAAACAUUUUAAACCAGAACUUCUCAAUAUUCUUAUUACUCAAGCGACACCCCAUGUUGCACCUGUGUUGCCUUUAGAUCAAUAUCUUGCUGAUUUUUACUCAACUGUGAACCGUAACUGGAUUCAGAAGGCUCAAGAAAUAAGGAAUCUAACAACCCUUUCUGUAGCAGGAGGAUUUCGAGAUUAUCAAGUUCGCUCUGGAUUGGCUUUUCUGCCCAGUUCAAGUAGUCAGAAUUGUGCUUUAUCUGUUGUGAGUUCAGCAGUUCCUCGAGUCUGGGUGUCCACAGAUCAUCUUUCCAUUGUUUGGUGUAAGGAAUUGAACUUGGCUACUGUCCGAGCAUUUUUUGACCUUAUUGACGACAAUACUAAACAGAUAUCAGAAAAUCCCCAAAGAAAAGUUCUGGUCCUAAAUCACCAUUUUUUAAAAUAUCCAGGAAAACUCUUUGAAGAAAGACCUGAAUCACUUACUCAGUUAACAGAAGCAUCAAUUUGGAUCAAGGUAAAAGCUUCAAAAUGGUCCUACAAAGGAUUCAAUGAAUCAGAUGGAAAAUAUUUUAUUUUUUCCCUCUCAAACCAAAGAAAAUCAUACACUCAUAUUUACUGCCAAAACAGUAUAUUGGAUACAACUAGUUGGAUAUAUGGUUGUGCAAACAGUACUUCAUCCAAGUGUUUGCAAGCGAUUGACUUGUCUUGGAAUGCUGAGUUACUACCAACGGUUAAGAUUGUGACUUUGAAACUUCAGGAUUAUCCAUCUUUGACUCAUAUUGUGCUUUACGUACCAGUAGUUAAUGGUAUCAAGUUUAUUUUAGACUGUGAGUUCUUUAAUGAAGUUUCAAGAAUAGUGGAACUCCCUGUAACCCAUCUUUUUACUUUUGGGUUUUCUUCAAGCAAAAUCAUACUAAAUUCAACUGGCCUUAUUCACAUUGUUCAGCUCCAACAUUUUGGUCAGAUAUAUCAGGCUUUUAGGAUUUUUAUAGAGAGUAAAUGCCAGAUUCUCAAAGAAAGAAAACCCAGUGUGUAUCGACUUCAUAUACCAUGGUCACACGAAGAUUCUUUAACUUUGUCACAGGAUCCUUUGACUGAGAUUUCUGCAAAAUUGCACAAUGCACAGCCUGAAAAUGACUCUACAGUUCCUUUGUUGAAAAUUUAUUCAUCUUCAGAUUGUCAAUAUGAAGUAACUGUCAAGACCUCUUUUCUGCAGGUCCUUGGUCAGGUGAUAAGAUUCCACGGUGGCACUCUUCCUAUGUACAUUAUUUCUAAUAUUCUUCUUGCCUACAGAAGACAAUUAAGGUCCCUAGUGUCAACAGGCCAGUGUUCAGACUUUGCUCCUGCCCUUACUAAAGCAGCUAAGCCUUAUAAAGUAGAGCCCAUAGCAUACAUGAUUAAAUUCUUGUUGGGACUUAGCUGGCUUAAAGGAUUCAGGAAUUCAGAGUUGGAUCGUGUGACAGUGAACAACCAGGAGUUGUGGUUUCCUUUGGUAUCCCUGAUUCUCUUUAUGUUUGGGACUGGCAUAGCCUAUUGGGGUGGCAUACUUCUUGAUUCAUCAAUAAGGCUCUUAUCUUCAUUGCACUUAGUUUUGACAAGACCCUCUGGACUUCCAUCUCACAACAGUCUCAUUACACGAUUAAGGUUUUGUGUUGCAAUUUCAAUGGUUUUUCUUAGCUGGACUACCUGUGGAGCGCUGGCAAUAAUGAUGACUUAUUUUCAUUAUAUAUUCAAGGUUGUUAAUUUCCAUUCAAAUUUAAGAUCUGAACUAAGCGUUGGUAAUGUGCCCAUAAAGAACCUAGAAACUAAAUCAGAAGAUUCAAAAAUCGAAGGGGAGAACAGCUGCAGAUCAGAGGAUUGCCUUUCAGAAGCAAGAAACUCACCCAGCACCACCACGGCCAAUGACAGCCUUAUAGAUAGCCUUAAAAUGCAUGUCACGGUCAUCAACUUAACCACAUGGAUUGUGCUUCUUAGUUGCCCAUCUUUAAUUUAUUGGCUAAAAAAUAUCAGAUACCAUAUCAGACUUGAUCCUGAUCCAUGUAGACUUGUUGCUGUUAUUCUGAUAAUUAUUUUGAGUAUACUCAUGAAUACAAGUACUACAAAACUUAAAUCAAGUAAAUUAUUGAAGAUUGCAGCAUAUUUUCCACUUCUUUUCUCUGUUGCUGCUGUAGUUUUUGCACCUGUUUAUUUAUAUCAAAUGCCAUACUUUGUAAUAAUUCCUCUUUUUUUACAUUCAUUAUGCAGCAUUGUAUAAAAUCUUUAGCUGGCCAAAACAGUAAUAGAUGUGGAAAUAUAGAUAAUAUAGGAAAACCUAAGCCCCAUCUUCUAUCCAUAGUAGAAAAUGGAAAGGCUUUAGGUUUCCAAAGUGAUAUUUCAUGAUAAGAAAACAAUAUUUUUAUUUACUAAUUUUUAAAAGAAAUAGUUGCAUAAAUGUGUUACUCAGUAAGCACUUCGUUCUUGACACUGAGGGAAAACAUGGUUGCAUCAGUUCCUUGGUUUUGAAGCAAAUGGCUUUUAUUUAUUUAUUUUAAAAUUGCAAGUUUACAUGUACCGUAUACUUCUGUGUUCUUACUUCAGUCAACAAGUGACUCUAAACAGACAGAACAGGACAAUUGAAUUGCUGAUAAAAAUGAUUAUACGUUCUUACCCCAUUAUUGGCAACUGAUAUAAUUUUGUUUUUCCUUUGGGUCUAUACAAUUUAUAAUACUAAUGUAUCAAGAUUGUUGGUGAUAAAUCCAAAGACAUAUCUGAGGUUGCAAAUUUAUGAGAUAAUUGAAAGCAGUACAUAAAAGUGUACUCGAUGUAAUGUAAUUUAGUAAGUAUACAAGAAGAUUGUAUGCUGCCUGUUCUAUUAAAAUCUGUAGUUAGGGCAGGUGAAUAUUUCUAUGCAGAGGAAAAUCUGUCAUUAUGGAUAAAUAUAUAGGAAAUAAUUUUGAAUCACCAUUCCCAUAUUUAUUUUGGCAAUAUUACUGUUGGAAUAAAUAAGAUAUCAGUAUGUAUUGUGAAAUCCACCCACAGUAGAAAUGGAAUGUUAAUGGGGUAUUUUCUUCAUAGAAGCCAUUUUAUUCAAGGGCUGUGAAACCCUGCAUUGUGUAAAUGAUCAUUUGAUCAUUUCUCUAAUAUGUUCCUUUCUACAUACGUCACUGGGCAAUUCUUAUAAUUCCUAAUAACUAUGUUGGAAAAUCCAGGUUAAAGACAGACAAACAAGACAAUUCAGAAAAGUUCCCUAGAGCUACAUACAGAGAUUUUAAAAUGCAUCCUAGAAGUAUUUCAUUAGAGUAACAUUUUGCUAAUGUUAUUCAGCACCUCUUAGGUCCAUCAGAAGUCAUCUCAGUGUAGAACUAGGCACUUCUAGUUGAUUAGAAAAAUGUUUCCAUUUUAUUUGGAUUGAUAAAACAUAGACAUCAAAGAAAUCAAUACUUAUCUGUGCAUUAAGAAGUUUCAAAAGAACAUAUCUUUGGGCAGAACUAUGUUAAUAUUAUAACCAUUUAAAAAGCAGCAAAUAUGUUGCUUCUUUAAAUAAAAUGUAUGAGCAUUAUAUCUAAAGAUAUUUUUUGCUGCUUUUGCAUAUCACCAUGAGCUUAAAAUUGGCGAUCACUGCAUAUCUUAGCACUUCUUUUACAUAAUGGCUCAUUUCCUCUUCCAAUUGCUACCUGGAAAGAUAGGUUUCCUCUAAACCAAGUUAUAAUACAUAUUUUCCUUACUUAUAUCCACUAUAAUUCCUGCCUAAAGUGCCUUUGGUUAGUUAUUUGUCUCUGUUUAUCAUUCUUUUUUCCUAAUUUAUUAAAAAAUAUUUAUAGAAUUGUUCUGUAAUGUUAAUAGUUUAGUAAAUUAUGCUAUGUAUGAAUCAUUACAUGCGCUAUUGUUACCAUCUUUACAUGGAAUGCUUCAAGGUCAAGCCAGUCUUGGUAUCCAGACAUACUUUUAAUAAGCUAUUAAAAAGUUCUUAGUAAGUCUCUUGAAAAAAGUCCUCCAAUAUCUAAUUUUCAGCUGAUUUUAUGGCAGUAAACUGAGCUACCGGUAUACUCUGUGUCUUGCAGUGAGUCUUUUUUACUGCUAUACUGGGCUUUUUUGCCAACAGCUGGCAGAGAACAAAAAGUAGUGCAAUCUAUUCUCAGACCUCGUUCAAUGAAGGCUGACCUUGGAAAGCAUUUCUAUAAAUCUUAUAGCUGUAUGCUAAAUAGAGUUUUGGCAGUGAUCUUUUGUCUCUUGUCAGUGCCACAGCAAGGGAAAUGGCACUUGCCAAAUUAUUCUUUCUCAAGCAGAAGCUAAGGGCGCAAAUGUUCUCUUUGGAUUCAUGCAUUGGCAUCUCCUGGGAAGCUUGUCCUUCUAAUCAGAUGCCAAUGAGAACUUGAAUUUGUUAAAGGUCAUAAUGGGUCUUAGUAAAGGCUCUGACUGUAUAACUUUUAUCUAUUUUGCAGUGCAUAUGGUGUGGGUAUGUGUGUGUGUCAUGGUAACUAAUAUUUAUUAACGUGGUGGUAGCUUAUUGCAUACUAGCUCAUAAUCUAUGGCUAUUCAGACUCAAACCAUUAGAAGUUAAGGAGCUAUCCAAUACACUUUAGAAUCUGUAAGACACCUCUGGACAAUCUAUUUUAGAUUUAUGUAUUACUAGAAAAUCAAAGCUGUUGAUUGUGGUCUGAUACCUGUAUAUGAGAAGCGGGUGAAUUGAGUAAUCUCUAAUCAUAUUCUUAAUGAAUGGAUGCUAUUUUACAUGCUAUGUGAAUUGUGCAUACUUAGGAUGUAUAGUACUUUUAUUAUCCUUUUUACAUAUUUUUGUACCUGCCAAUAAAUUAAUAAUGUAUAGUUUUAGAUUGUAUAUUGAGAGUAGUUUUACACUUUUAUCUGAAAUGUUUUGCUUUUUUCCUAUUUUGGAUCCAUGCUUCUUUUUGCUUUUAAUUUGGAUUUACAGUGUCCAUUAAAAACAAAUAAGAAGCAGUGUAAUUGUAGCCAGGCUACUUACAAGAAAUUAAAAUUAAAACAUUACUACUUUUUAAUAGAAUACAGGCAGUCUCCAGGAAUCAACAAGAGCAGCUAUAAUAAAUUCUCACAGCUGAAUUAGACAUUAUUAUUAUUAGUAGUAGUAGUAAUAGUAGUAGUAGUAGUAGUAGUAGUAGUAGUAAUAUAUGGCAUUGUUACAUUAGCCAGGAGAAUACAGUUCUAAUGCAGAGUAGUAGUUUGGUUGCCAAUUUACUAGCUCUGUUGUGGUGCACACUCACACACUUCCCAAGGUGCGCCAUAGGAGGGUGAGCUAGGUUUGCACUAGAAAGAAAGAUGAUCAGCUCUUCCUGCAGCAGCACCCAAGGCCCCCUCCUUCUACUGGAGCUACUUUGCAAACGGGUGUCACAACUGGGAAGGUUCAGGCACAGCAGGAAUCUGCCGCCUGCAUGACGUACCAGCUCAUCUCCCCAUCGAAGUGGUACCUGUUUAUCUACUUACAUAGAACAUGUUUUCAAACUGCUGGGUGGGCAGAAGCUGAAGCAAGUGACAGGAGCUCACUCCGCCACACAAUGCUAGGACUCAAACCACUGGAGCAGAAACCAUCUCCAGUUUCAUUAAGCCACUGAGCCACUGGACCUCAGUUAGCUUUUGAGAAAAUGCUUCUUCCUGAAGAUUCAAAUUGGCUUCUGUAUAUCUUUAGGAUCAGAAACCAAUUUGGAGAUAAGAACUGCCUAAGAAUAAAUCUGCAAGUGUUAACUUUUUAUUUUGAAUUCUUACGUGUGCAAUUAAACAAUAAUGAGAAUUGUUGGUGAAACUAAUAAACAAAGAGGAGGGACCAUAUUCAAAAUCUUCGCAUCUAGGUCCAUGUGAUUAAGGGGUGGCCUUUUUUGGGGGUUCUGGUUCCUGGACAGCAACUUUCUCAUGCAACUGCUAUAUUAAAAACAGGAGAAACUGAGCAGAGUUUUGAAAAUUUCAGAAGGGCCUGGAGGAUUGUAAGUGUAGGUCUGCAGGGUUGUUCUUGGAAUUAUGCAUUAAGCGUGGCUAUAGUGGGCAACUUUGAUUUUCGAACCCGCUAGGUUUUUUUUAAUAUUGCUUAGCCAGUGGGCUACACAUGCCUCAAACAUUUAUUUAAAAAUACCUCUGUUCAGAAAUGUUAAAUGUAUCCUUAAGCUUUAGAUCACCAUUUCUGAUCUCUUGUGCCUCUAAACAAAUGUGUAUCUGCCAAAAAUAAUACCUAGUGAAAAAAUAAUUUGCAGUAAAGGAUGACCUGUUUGCACACUUGCAUCUCAGACUCAUCUUGUGGGAUAUGGUUGAUAGAAUUAAUCAUUUCAUAACUCAUAGGUCUUAAUAUCUGCAUGGGCGCUGCACUGUUCAUGCAAUGAAGUAUGUUUCUGUUCACUGCAAUAUAUUCUGAACAAUAUGAAAUAUUUUAAUCUUUAAGUAGUCUACAUUUUAGAAUUAAUUUGUAACCUGAAAGAUCCUUAUUCAGUUGCAGUAUUAAUCUUUUGCUUCCUUUUUCUAGAAAAUAAGAUAAUGUAGCUAGAUCAACAUUAAUAUUAACUAUUUUAGAAAUACAUGAAAUUUGUUAAAAGUAUUUGUAAUUGUUAAUAUAUUUCUGAAUAUUUAUGCCAAGGAAGUAUGAUUGAACAACUUACCCGUACUUUGGAAAGAAUAAAUAUUUAGUUUAUAAAUGUUUAGUUCAUUUUGAUAGAUUUUUGAAACUUGAUGCUAAUCUGAGUGAUAAAUAUUUAAGGUGUGAAACUUACUUGAAAUAUUUUCAUUCAUUAAAAAAAAGCAUAGCUUGAUUAUUCAGUAAUGGCAUUUUAGUGAACCAACUUGCAGAACAUUAUAGUUAAAUUCACAGUUCUAGUGCUUUCCAUCUUCUCAUGAAUAAUUGUUCUCACAAAAGCAUAUGCUGUAAUAUUUUCAUAAUGAUUGCUAUUUGACAGUCCAGCAGUAUGAAUCCUUUUCCAAAGUACUAACAACUAAACUUGAAUAUCUAAAUAUGCUUCCUGAAUUUUAAUAAUAGCUUUCUUUCCUGUGCAUGACAUGUUGCUUUUAAAGUCUAAAAAAAGGUGUAGACUAUGAUAUUUCAAGGGGUGGAAGGAAGUCAAAAUUGUGACAGGAAUAUAUGUGAAAGCCCUGGGAUGCAACUAAAAUAGAUUUGUGACUUUUGUCUAAAAUGUUGUUUGUAUUUCAGUUUCUAAAAUACAGUCUAUAGGUCAGUGAUAGCAAACCUUUUAGAGACCGAGUGCCCAAAACCCGCCCCUGCCUCCCCGCCCACUCCCGCUCUGCGCCCCGUCCACCUGCAUGGCCACCCACUGCCUCCACGGCCCACCGCAGAUUGCCCAGGCAACCCAGCAGUGCCAUGGUGCCCACGCCCUCCACCCAUGCCCCACAGCAUCAUCUGUGUGUGACAGGGCGCGAGGGCAGAGUCUUGUCCCCACUGCCUGGCUGCCAUGCCCUUGGCUGGGCUGUUCUGUGCAGACUGCGUUCGGGGGCAACUCUCCUCCAGGGGGGCUGCUGGUGAGGAGGAGAGGGCCACAGGGGAGGCGGGGCUGGGGCAACGAUGCAUGUGCCCACAGAGAGGGCUCUGAGUGCCACCUCUGGCACGCGUGCCAUAAGUUCACCACCACUGCUGUAGUAGUCCUCAACUUAGGAACUUAUGAGCCCAGAAUUACAAGUCAUAAGUUGUGCUAGUCAUUAAGCAUGCUACUUUGUGACAUCCGCAGCUGUGCUAUAGGUAAUCCUCAACUUACGACCACAAUUGAACCCCAAAUUUUUGUUUAUUAAGUAAGUUUUGCCCAUUUUAUGAGCUCUCUUGCCACGGUUAAGUGAAUCACUGCAGUGGUUAAGUUAG